CCGCCAUAUUGAAAAUGUUAACUUGAUGAGAGCUAAGAACAACAAAAUUGUUGAUUACAUUUUGAUCGGCUGAUGCCACCAUGGACGAAUAUACCGCCGAUGGAUACACUGAGCCAUGCGGUCAGUGCGCUGCUGUUGACUGGGGGAUUUCUUUAGAGGAACAAUUCUUCUGCAAAAACUGCCACAAUGUGAUCGAGAAAAUGAGAGAGGUGACGGAUGAAUCAUUCCUUGACAUAAAGAACAGCAGAGUCUCAAAGAUGGCAAAAUCCAUGAAAACUGAAAACAAAUUUGCACAAGAGUGGAUGGUCUGUGAGGGUUUUCAGUUGGUUCUGAAAUGCCAGGCUGAUGCUUUGGUUAGUCUUGGUGUUUGUUUGCAGUUUAAGACAGAAGUAAUGUGGAAUUUCUGGAAGAGAUUUCUACAGAACACCAGGCAAGCUUUCGUCAGCAACCCGAUUUCCACUGCGGAUCAAAACUCUGAGUCGGUCAGUGAGACCGAGUCUGUGGUCUGUUCUGUGUAUUCAUUUUUGGAUGGGGCUCGUUCAGAGGCAGGAGAGGUUAAAGACUCAGGCAGCUUCACUGGUGGACGGUCAGGCUCUUUGGAUGCUUUGGCAUACAUUAAAAGGAUAGACUGUAAAACCCUUAAUGUUAUGACCAUGCCACGGACGCUGGCCCUGUGCUAUCUGGCUCUGCUGUGGGUGCGAGAGGCCAUCACUCUGGCUGAUUUACUGAGGCUGGUGAAAGAGAGACGUGUUCCAUACUUGAACAUUCACGACAAUUUUCCAGAAGAAAUUAAAAUAUUUGGGAGAGAUUCUCUAAUCUUUCGAGUGGACUCCAUACCUUCAUAUUCAAUGGUCCACAAAGAAGCUGUAGAUCUAGCUCAGGUUAUGAAAUUGCCUUCCUUCCCAAUGGUCACUCGAGAUUGCUUGCUCCACCCAAUUCCACUUACUGUCCGCUAUCUGCUGGAAUCCAACCUACCUGAUGGGCUUCUUAUUUGGGUCCACAAGGUUAUAGAUGUAGCUUCUAUAGGAGAUGACUCCUUCCUGACCUUUGACCCUGUCAGGCAGAAGCCUGCUCUCAUAUGCUAUGACAUUCAGGCAGCAGGUGUCAUUAUUGUCACCAUGAAGCUCCUUUUCAAGUUGGAUGAUCGGGUGGAGUGGACGUCACCUGGGAAAGCAGCCAGUGAGAAGAAAAAGAAAGUGUUCAAUGUAGAAAGAUGGUAUAAAAUAAUCCAGCCUGCCUUUGAGCGAGCUCGACAGAAGAUGGAAAGAGAAGAAACCCGACAACUAUGGAAAUCCCACAAACCUUUCAUUACAUCUCAGAAAGACAAGAGUUUGGUUUUCAAAAAGAGACGUGUUGUUAAUCACUUGCAGCACAGAUUUCAGAAGUUAACUGACUCCACUCCGGAACAACAGGUUUCCACCUCAACCUCUUUCUCAAGCUUUCACUUCCACUGGGGAAAAGAACAGGGUUCAGACGGUCUCAGUUUGCAUAAACACCGGCUGAACUGUACCUUCAAGAAAAAAGGGGUCAAGAGGCUGACCAACCGAAAAUACUGGCAUACAGUUCUAAGUGUCUGCCCACCUACUUGCAGCGAUCAUUUCUCGGAAAUUGAGCCCAGCCUGCCCAGGAUGUACGUGUGGCUCCUUGAUCUCUUCUCAUUUCUGCUGGGGGUCAGUCAAGCACAAGUCCACAAAGAGGUCCUCAACAUAGAACGACGCUUCACGGAGAGAGAAUGUCUGCCUGUGUCUAAAGAGACUCCUCCUCCCAAAAAGCGGAAAAACAAACAAACAAAAAAACCUAGUAAAAUCUAAUGCAGCGGAAUUUGUUCUCAAAUAUACCUUUUUCACAAUUUGAUCUGUGGCAUGAUCUAUCACAUGACCUUUGUAAGGUUAAAUAAUGUAAAGUUUUGUUAUAAUUUGGAUAAUCACCAUUUGAGUGAAAUGUACUGUAUUUAUUACCCAUUUAGGCCACACCCACACCGGGGAAAAACAAUGCAACCCUCUCCAUAUACUUUCUAUUGGGAGAAGCUGCCUCUUUAUUUCUGACUUAUACAGAACAAUGUCUAAAAGCUGCUGUGUAAUAAGGUGUUCAGUAAAGAAGCUUAAAAAAACUGUGCUUUCCUGUAGUUCAGUGGUAAGAGCAUAGCGUUAACAACGCAAGGUUGUGGGUUGGCUUCCAGGGGAUUGCAAAUACCUAUGUAAAAUGUAUAGGAUAACCCAAUGUAAGUCGCUUUGUAUAAAAGCGUCUUCCAAAUGCCUAAAUGUAAAAUGUAAGUGUACUAGGUUUUAUAAGCUACCGAACCGUAAAAGCCAAGACUAUAAGAGGACAAGAGUGGAUACAGGCAAUAAGACGAGGAAGAAUGGAUAAAUUGCAGCAUCCUGACAGGAUAUGUCUAACGAUACGUAGGCAGGAAACUGUCACUUGUGAAUCAAAUAUCCAAACGUCAGUUUUACAAAUUAUAUUUCUCUAAAUGAAGCUCUAAACUGUAACGUUUGUAUUGUUUAGCUUGUUUACUGUACAACUUGUCACCGUAGUGUUAAAACAUCGUUGUUAUAAGUCAUAAAUGACAAGGAGGCACCUUCCCGCAAAAGAAAGUCAAUGGAGAGGGUUGGAUUGUUUUCCACCACGGUGGGCGUGUUUUCUACAUUAUGACGCGUUCUGUCUCGCGUUCAAUGUUUUAAGGUGAAACUGUUACAUUUUCACCAUUGCUUGCUGGUGUGAAGCAUCAACCUACCAAAAUCACAUUAAAGGGAAACAAAUCAGU